AUGUCGCAACUAUCAGAGGAGAUGAAGGCGCGCCUGGCCGCGCGCGACGCACACGUCCGCGAGUCGUGGGUCCGUUCGAUGGAGGCGCGAAUUGUGCGCGACAUGCUGCAGGAGUGUCACCGUGUAGAGGGCGUGAACCACUAUGAGAAGUGCCAGGAUCUCGCGGAUAGGUACACCUCUAUGCUUGCGGACAGCAGGGUGAAGGGAUAUAAGCAGGUCGACACGACAUUCUGA